AUUGUUCUUUGCGCAACUGUCUGGAUCAAAAAAAGAUUCUUCGUCAUUUCUGCUUUUCUUUCUCUCCUGCAUAAACAAUUGGUUGGUUGAAUUCAAUGGAACAAAUGGACAGAUAUGAAGGUGCGGAAUUUCGAUUACCGCCACUUGAAGGCAUAUGGGAACCAGCUUUUCGAAUACCUUUCAUUUCGUACUUUCUUCUGUUCCAAAUUGUAGGCUAUUGCAUUCGGACAUAUGCAUGGAAGAGCUAUAGUGGUUUCAGGCAGUAUCGAUUGCGCAAUUUAACGCUAUGUUUAAUCCAUUCAAGUAUCACUGGUCUGUGCUCAUUUGUAUUUUCUAUAACCCAUCAACAAGUAAUGCUAGAAGAAACGAUACAUUGGUAUAGUUCAUGGGCCGUACAACUUCCUAUUCUAUCUAUGGCAUAUUUUAUCUGUGAUACGAUGGAUAUGUUAAGGCAUGAAAUCUCGAAAUGGACCAUCGAAUUACUAUUUCACCACGCUGCAAGUGUAUUUGCUUUCGCUUCAGCUGUUCUUCCUCGUAAAUUCAUCCCAUACACCUAUUGGGCUCUCCUAAUGGAAAUUAAUAGCAUCUUUUUACAUCUUCGUUCAUUAAUGCAAAUUACUGGCAAUAAUACUUUGAAGCAAAGCCUUUUCCGAGUAAUUCAAUUUGCAAACAUUAUUACAUUUGUCAUAUUUCGAUUUGCUGUGCAAAUAUGGCAGAUUAAUUGGGCAUGGAUAAAUUACCAUCGUUUUCAUAUCUUUUAUACGGGAAUUGCAUUUAUUGGUGGAGCAUUUUUCCUUAUCAUUAAUAUGAUUUUGUUUGUGCGAGUUUUGGCAUCUGACGGAUACUUGGGAGAAUUUGGCCGGCAGCAUACAGCUAUUAACCGUGACUCUCAAAAACCAAUUCGCAUUACGGAAGAUACGAAAAACAGCUGAUUGAGUCACUUUUCCAUUUGUGUCCACUACUGAUCGCUCAUUGCUUCUUUCAGUUCGAUUCCAUCACACUGCUUUUUCCUAACAUAUUUUUAAUCAGGAAAAAGUUAUAUGAGUUAAUAAUCGAAGGAAGUAUUACAUUAAUGUUAGCGAUUUAAAUGUUCAUAUUUCGUUAAAUUUCAACAUUUUAAAAUGUGCCCUCCGUUGUUUUUCUAUGGUAUGUUAUUCGGGUCUAAUUUUCUCCGUAUUAGCUGCCAUCAUCCAUAUGUUUCUUUCUGCGUCAUCUAUCAUCUUUUUAGCAGUAUUCAUAAUGUGGCUUAAUUAAGUGUGCAACGAUAACAUUUCCUUUU